AUGACUGAAGAGUCACUUUUCCACAGGAUGUUUUAUUAUAAUGUGGAGUUACAUAAUUUAUCUGGAGUCUUCAAAAGCCAGAAAUUAGCAUGCCGCCUAAUGACAAGAGGUAUGGUAGAAAGGGAAACACCUUAAUAACCUAGACUAAAACAAAUUCCUUGAAAAAAAAGACUUUUCAGAUGCUAUCCUCAAUUGCAGCCAGAGUUUUAGCCUGAGUGGACCAACCAGUUGUACCUUGGCCAGGUGCAGCAUACAACUGUGAAUUGUGAUUAUCAGUUGAGUGAAGUGCAAUAAAAGCUUACUACAGUGAGAUCAAAUGUCAAACAUGAAAGCCCUCCAAAAGAAGUAGAGCGACAGGCUACCACUGGACAUAAAGUCUGUGAGAACAACUCAAUUUUAAUGCCAAAUUGUGGUCAACAAACUUCUGUUGCACCUCACCAAACCAAAAAUUGUAGUUGUAAAUGAAGCAAGAAUAGGCUUUAAACUACCCACCAUGGCAAACAACUGCUCCAAUAGCAAUUUACAACAAGCCAUGGCCACCUGUUUUCCCACUUCCAAAGUUGCAUCUAGCAGUGACAUGUUUCUUCCUUGAAUUAUUUUGCCUUGCACUCUGCAAAAGUAGAAAUUAAAUGUAAGAGGUUUCCAUUUUUUUUCUCAAAGUUUUCUCCAGGAAAAUAUUUUCUAGUCCUGCUGCAUGGGUUGUACUCUGAUUAACCCUUUUACCCCUAAAAUGUAAACAUAAAUUCUCCCCACUGUUUUGUAUUGAAUUUCUGAGACUUUAGCUGUGAGAAUAUGGUGUUUAUGGUAUACAUAUCCUCUAGUUACUAUUUUACUUUCUUCUCAUCACUUUCCUACUUGAAAGGGUAUUGUUAUUGCAGGGCUUAAAUUCCCUUUUGGUCACACCUGGGUGUGGAAUGGUUAAUGUGGCACAGUUGGUUAUUUAUUUCAUUUUAAUUUUUACUUUGUUUAUAUAUAACUUACGUAUAUAUUUUUUUUACUUUGAUGUAAGGCCUCUAUAUUACUGUACAUAUGUACCUUUCUAUUUCAUAAUUUGUCCCCAAAUAGCUCAUAUAACUAUAGUGUAUUGAAACUUAAAUAUAAAUAACUAAAGUUUGUCAUUAUUAGUUUUAUUAUUAUUGGUCUAUCAAAAAUUAUUGGUUGGAGCCCCAAUCCUAUGGUAGUGAUUAAAUUCUGAUCCCUAUUUAAUAGCCUUCAACUGGUUAUUUGCAUGCAAAAAUUGUCUAGUUAAACAUAUUUUGGGUCAGAUCAUAUUUUUUAAAUCACAACUUUGCAACUUUGUUGUAUUAUCCUAACUAUGGUCUCUCGUUGAUUUGUCAAAGUUCACUGUACAAGGCCUAAAAACCUGACAGCCAAAGCAGUUAGGAAAAGAGCUAUGUCACUUUCAUGGAAACCUGCACCUUUUAUGGGAAGAUAUACUGACACCUUGUGUUAUAGAAUUUGGUAUGCUGCAGCACAUGACAAGAAAAAUGAGGUAAAUUUUACUCCUUUUUUUUUUUUUUGCUCACAGCAAAAAUGAAAAGUAUUUUGAAUUUCUGUGAUGAUUUUUACUUGCUACCUCAGAGAAUAUCUGUUCACCUCCUAAGCAUUUUUUUUAUUCCCCUUCCUCCUCCCUCUGGAAACACUGGUUGUUCCUCCCAACUUCUUUGACCUUAUGACCUCUUGUUUUUCAUGACCUCACUUCCUCCUCCUCCUCCUUAGAGCUUAGUGACUACUAGUCUCAACCUUCUCUCUACUUUUUGUUGAAUUUUAGUCGGUACAGAUAAUCUCAGGGGGUGAAUCACGGAUCAUCGAUGACCUUUCUCCGUACACAGAAUACAAGUUCUAUAUCCAGUGUAGCUUGUCAAGCUGUGAAGGCAGCUGGGGAUUGGUUGAUGGGCCUGUUACUGCCCAAACUCUUGAGGAAGGUGGGCUUAGCUCAGCAAUUAAUUUUGUUUCCAACGUUUAAUCAUGUCACUAGUAUUUGUAAAAAUCUCAGUUGAUUUCCUCAACAAGACUUUUUUCUCGUUCUAUUUUGGUCACCUGAUUGCAGCAAUACUCACCUCUUAUACUUUUAUGUAAAAAAAUAGUUUACUAUGGGAAGUCUGAAGGAGGCUUUUUACAGCAGGCCUAUAAUAAAAUCUAGUUUAGUCACAAGAAAACAGUUAACCCUUUAACUCCCAUGAAUGACCGAGACAGAAUUUCCCCUAACAAUAUCAAUACAAAACCAAACAGACAAGAGAUGAGAAUAAAGAAAAAUAUAAAUUAGGGGAUUAUAAGUUGAUCUGCUACCAAAUUCUCCUAAGUAACAUCACAAGAACUGUAUGGCAGACAGUAAGGAGAAUUACUUAUGGGAUCUUAGGAGUUAAAGAAUUAAGGGUUGGUUAUAACCAUCUAAACAAACUCCAUGUGAGAAGUAGAAUAAAAGCAGAACAUUUCUAAAGAAACUGCAGUGCUGUGUCAGUGGGGGAGUGUAUCAAGGUAAUCUGGUUUUAUCAACUGAGUUGAUAAUGUGAACUGGUCACCGUAAAGAGUUUCAAAGCUGACAUUUUGAGCGAAUAACAAGGGCUAACACCUGAAACGUCAGCCUUUAAGCACUUUACAGUGGCCAAUCUACACUAUCAACUCAGUUAAAAAAACCAAAUUAUCCAUGUAGGUAAUAGUUUUUUGGCUGUCAAUGGUAAAUAAAUGGUAAGUGGAUCCAAUUAAGAUAUUGGUUUAUUGUGCUAGCAGGGCAAAAUGUUUUUACUAGGUAAUGGAAUUCUGUCAAUCAACGAAUAGGUUUUGAUGUGACUAGUUAGACCUGGUAAUGCUUAACUCGCCCAAAGUGAGUGUUUGAGUGUUUGUUUGUUUUUAAAUUUAUUAUUUUAAUUGAUUGCCUUCAGCACCAACUCAAGCUCCACAGUUUAGCAACUGGUCAGUAACUAACACACAAGAAGAGGAACGGGAUGUUACAGUUGUAUGGCAGGUAAUGCGUGCCUCUCUUUUUAGAGAGCAAAAUAUACAUUAAGGUAUACUUGUUUACUUGUUUUUUACCAGGCGUGUGGUAAAAACGGUAAAAGAUUAACCCUUUCCACUCUAACAUCCAUACUAUGCUCUAUACUUUUCCCAAGGUGCUGAUAAGGAGAAUUUGUUUAUCAAUCAAGAGCUUCUUAAGUUGGUGAUUAUUUCCUUUAUACUCGUUACCUAAAUGUGCGAUUCGGGGAUGAUAUUGGAAAGAGAAAUUAGGUGCUAAUCACACUUAGGGGCUAAAGGGAUAAGCCAGCGCUCAGCUAACCGUUAGUCUAACGCUCUUCUAUUGGAGUUUAUGAUAAAUAGUGAGUUUAACCCUGUAACUCCCAGAUCAAAUUUGUAAUUGUCCUUACUGUCAACCAUACAAUUCUUGUAAUGUUAGUUCAGAGAAUUUAGUAUUGGAUUAACUAAUUAUCCCCAAAUUGAUAUAUUUCUUUCUUCUAAUCCCUUAUCUGGUUGAUACUAUAUUGAUAUCGUAAGGAGAAAUUCUGUCUUGGUUACUCAUGGUAGUUAAAGGGUCGAUAUGGAUAAUAUGGUUCUGAAUACAGGCGUGUGGGAAGAGUGAUUUAAUCAUUAUGUACAACAAAAGAGGAGCACAUACUGCACUUACUUUCAGCUGACAAUUCAGCUCAAAUAUCCCUGGACGUCGGCUCGCCCAUUGCGUAUAGCUUUGUGAAAACGUAAGGCUAAAUUAUCAAAUAACUUUUAUCGUUCACAGCUGCCACCUUUAAUUACGUGGAAUGGCGUCCCUAAUAGAUUCAACAUAGACUACUGGAAGACCACAAAGCAAAAUGAUUCGUCGGUUCCAAUCCCCAACUCCAUAAAGAGCCUGCAAAUUAACGACAGCUCGGCGACUGAAGCAACUUUACGGGGGUUAAAUCGCUAUGUUGAGUAUCAAACACAAAUCAGUAUGUGCACAGCCGAGGGAUGUGGACCGAAAAGUGUUCCUUGGCCCUUGGAAGGUUUGUCGUUUUGUGUUCCAUUUGAACGGUACUUUUGCAGUGGGCGGAUAAACUCAGGCUUAUUGUAAUUUGUUGUGAGAUAUUGUUAAGAGGUAAAAUAGUGAGAAUUGAAGCGACUAAGCGGCAAGAUAACAUUGUGGCUUUUUCUUUUUUUUCUUCAGGCGAGGAGGCCGGGGAGAAUGAACCCUAUGUUGAUAGUCUUUCUCUCGAUAGUCCAUUUAUCUGGAUUGUACCUGUAGUAGUAAUUACUUCUCUGAUUUUAUUUGGCGUCUUGGUUGUGAUUUACUUGUACAGGAAUAAUAGAGUUAGGUAAGUCUUUUUGAUAGUUUUUUAUUAGUACUUUUAUUAUUUUCCUUGUAUUUUUAAGGAGAUACCUUAACUGUUUCGUUCCGUAGGAGAAAAACCACGAAAUUUGUGAGUUGAAAAGAAUCUUGUUAUCUAACGGAGACUAGGACCAAUCCAAAGAUGGUUUUCGCUCUGAGACAUUAUCUACAAUUUGUAAUGUAGAGGAAUUGUUGACUUUGAUGUACAUUCCUUUCCGUAAGCUCCUUCCCUCUUUCUGUCUGAGUUGCUCGCUGUACUUAUCUAUGUAUUUGUUUGUUUGUCUAUGUAGGCGACAACAACCAUCAUUGCGGCAAAGAAUACAGUUGGUAAGGAAUGUGGUGCGUCUUCUUCUUUUUUCUUCUGUAGUAUGCGCAAAAUUUUGAUGUUAGUUGUAAAAUUCUAGUGAUUAUUGUUAAGUUCUAGUGCAGGUUUUUUUUGUAACUUUGAGAUUUUUCUCUCAACGAUCUCUUCCUAUUUAGGAACCGCUGUAUGGGGAUUUAGAAAAUUCAGCUUCAACGUCGGAAAAUUCUUACUACGACCGUAUACAUUCCCAUGGAGACCUCACGGAUCCUCAAUUGAUAAUCCAAGAUGGUGGUGAUUCAAAUUGUCAUGUUUUAGUAACGGACGAUUUACAUGGUGCAACUUUGUCGCGUUUGAGAAACUUGUAACAUGCCUACGACACUUCUUAGGACCAUUCACACGCGCACGACAUUUCUUCUAACGACAUACCAAAAUCGCGUACAACUUAACUCCUUCUUAAAAUAUUAUUGUGCCGGCUAUUGAAAAGGACUUCUCCACUCCACAGCGAGAUUAAAUUUUCUGUCUCAUCCUCUAAAAAAGUAACCUUCGCUUGUGUAUUCGACGACUUACCAUCAACUGCAACUUCGUCAUUCCGCCAUUUUGGCGCAAGAAAUCUUUACUUUCCUCCUCCCCCCCCUACUGAAUGGAAAUUUGUCACAAAAUACGUUGUCUUACCGCUUUCGGCUACGUUUGUCGCAGCGUUUUAUAACAUGUUUUAAAAUCCAACUAUCUUUUUUAAGAGAACUUGUUACACUUAUUUGCUUAUUUAGGGUUUUAGAAGGAACGGUAUGAAAAUUCCUCUUUUAUGUUCAAAUUCAUUGUAUCUUAGGGUUUUUUUUAAUGCUUCCUCGUUUUAAUUCUAUUGAUGUGUUCACUUUGACAAUCUUGCUCAGAUUUACUAUCAAAUCGUGUUGCUCCCCCCUUAUGGAAGCUUAAAACUGACGAUGAAGAAAGAUUGAUUCGAUUCUCAACAAUGCCUAUACGCACGCGUAUCCUUAAUGUUAUUCUGUUCCAAUAUUUGACGAUAUUUUCACUAUAAAUUGAGCAGUACACGUUGAAAACACGCUUAGAGAGAGAGAGAGAGAGAGAGACGAAUGUGGUGCUAUACAACCAGGCAUUUCUUAGAAGUGAAUACCUUGAACAAAUUAUCCAAAGACUCUCAAGCAUCACAGAAAAAACUGAGAAGAACAAAGUAUAGUGUUAAUGACUCCAAAUUGGUAUCCUCUUGGAGCACUUUGAAAAAUAUUUUUAAAAUGUAUAAAGGGAAAGUGUACAGUUUUAGUUUUUAGUUAGUUCUGGUUUAGAAGGUGAACUUAAGCUUUCCGCUAUUGAAUUACCAAAGAAAUCUGUCCUGUCUUUGACGCCCCACUUCAUCGGAUUUGUCCGUCCGUCUUAAAAGCUUAGACUUCAAGUUAUUUAAAACCAAAAUAGUCGGUUCUUAUUUGAUAUCCUAAAUUAUUUUUGUGAUAUAGAAAUGAGACAAGGAUUAGAUUUCCAAGAAAUGUAAUAGGGCUGCUUUAAAUACUCAAGAGUCCUGUACCUCAUGCGGAAAGAAGAGGAAUUUUAAAAACAUAGUUUUGAGUUUUCCACUUUGACUGCAUGAACUGAAUAGUGAAUAUUAGCUGACUUUUCAUCAUGGAAAUAUUAAAUGCAGUUAAGUCUAAUGAAUGUCACUGUUCGAUGUAAUUUUGUCGGUCUGUAAAUAAAGUAACUGAUUUUCAAAC